AUGUCGACACCCAAAGCUGUCACUAAAGUGAAAGAGCGCCGUCACAGCGUGAAUGUGACGAUGUCAGUGGUCCAUAAAACAAACCGGUCUGAAGACAAGAAACUGGAGAGACACGUCGAGCAUCUCAAACAGAAGGACCACGCCGACAAGGUGCGGCACUGCACCGAGGUCCGCAAGAUCGAGAAGGAACUUGAAUCCAUGCAGAUACAGGUCCAGAGAGCGAACCGCACUUUCACGAGAAAGGAGACAAUGGGGCGUGACGUCCCGUACAUGUUCGGCCAGAAGAUCGCCGCAAAUCAACCGCGCAAGAUCAGGCAGCGAAGCCAACGCGGUGACUCGGCUGCCGCGGCCCUAAACAAGGUCGCAAGUAACGUGGACCUCGGCGGGAAGAAUCGAUUCCGAUCGGCGGUGAUGGCCGUGUGUGUCGCUAAAGGUAUGGGGAGUACUGAUUCCUCCCCACAGGAUCAGGCCAAUGAACAAGAGUCAUCAGAAGGAAAAGUCAUCUCGGAGGAUAAGAUAACUUCUGGAGGUGGUGGUUUUACGACUACGAGAACGCGUAGUCGAACGCACCCAAUGGACAGACCCUUCACAAGCCCCGUUAAAAACUCAAGGCGUUCCUCGUCAUUCAUGCGUCCAGCGUCGACAUCUUUGGAUAGCAUGCGGACCAGCAAUCAAGGAAUCAAUCCCGCAAGAAGUGCCGGCAGACGGCACACCGUAGCGAGUCUUACACGCCCACAGUCACGCACGGACUCCCCAUCCCCGCCAUCGACUCUGCCGGACUUGGUGAGUGCUGCCCGUGCAACCAUCGUGCACGCUGCGGAGUCGGCUAAAGCCGCCUCGAUACUCAAACGGAGGGGCAGCGCAGUCAGCACGGUCACGGCUGCCGAGCGGGAGCUCGAAAGACGGCGGUCGAGUGCCGCGCUCCGCAUGCAGGAGAUCAAGACGGACUUGACGAGACGGGACGGGGAUCUACAGGAUCGGAUUAAACUUUUCAUCAAGACGGGCAUGCCAGGGGAAUCGCUUACCAAGUCACAUCGUCGACGGCUCAGUGUGUUGCCACUUGAAGUGCAUUCAAUGUGCUCGAAUGACUCCGAAUAA